AUGUAACACCACCUACACCUCAAAAUAUUUCAAGACGUUCAACUACUGCUAAUAAUCAAACCGAAGGUGUGAUUCAUGCUCUUUAUUGGGUAUUUUAUGAUAUAGAAAGAUCACAAAUAGAACAAUCACAAGAUUGA